AAAAUAAAUUAUAGAUUUAGGAAAAAUUACAUUCGGGUGAUUUGGCUGUUGGGUGUUGCGUUCCCUACUUGCUCUUUUCUUCCUCCGCUUCAACCUGUCCCCAGCGCCCCCCGCGCACACACUGUCUUUCUCUGCCUUUCUUUCCCUAGCGCCGCGCCGGCGCCGCCAUUCGAUCAGGCCGCUUCGCCGGCGACAGCAUAUUCCAGGUCGGUUGGUUUUGGCACUUCGGACCGGCGGCCAUGGCUUCCGACGGCAUCGGCCCCAGAGAUGUAUGUGUUGUUGGGGUUGCACGCACCCCAAUGGGCGGUUUCCUUGGUGCCUUGUCUCCCUUGCCUGCUACGAAACUUGGCUCUAUAGUAAUUCAAGCUGCUCUGGAAAGAGCAAACGUGGAUCCAGCCCUCGUGCAGGAGGUCUACUUUGGAAACGUCUUGAGUGCUAAUUUGGGGCAAGCUCCUGCAAGGCAAGCUGCUCUGGGUGCCGGGAUACCAAACUCUGUUGUUUGCACCACUGUUAACAAAGUCUGUGCAUCUGGCAUGAAAGCUACUAUGUUUGCAGCACAGUCAAUUCAAUUGGGUAUCAAUGAUAUUGUUGUGGCUGGUGGCAUGGAAAGCAUGUCCAAUGCCCCAAAGUACAUUGCUGAAGCUAGGAAGGGGUCUCGUUUUGGUCAUGACACACUUGUUGAUGCCAUGCUUAAGGAUGGGCUUUGGGAUGUAUACAAUGAUUGUGCCAUGGGAAUGUGUGCCGAGCUUUGUGCUGACAACCAUGCCCUCACAAGAGAAGACCAGGAUGCAUUUGCUAUCCAAAGCAACGAGCGUGGAAUUGCUGCUCGUGACAGUGGUGCUUUUGCAUGGGAGAUUAUUCCGGUUCAAGUUCCUGUUGGUAGAGGAAAACCCCCAACAUUAAUUGAGAGAGAUGAAAGCCUGGAUAAGUUUGACCCAGUAAAACUAAAGAAACUUCGCCCAAGUUUCAAGGAGAAUGGUGGUACAGUUACAGCUGGAAAUGCUUCUAGUAUAAGUGAUGGAGCUGCUGCAUUAGUUUUAGUGAGUGGGCAGAAGGCUCAAGAGCUUGGCCUUCAAGUCCUUGCAAGGAUCAAAGGUUAUGCUGAUGCAGCUCAAGCUCCGGAGCUUUUUACAACCACUCCAGCACUUGCAAUACCAAAGGCUAUCGCAAAUGCUGGAUUAGAGUCAUCCCGUGUUGAUUUCUAUGAGAUUAAUGAAGCCUUUUCGGCUGUUGCGCUUGCAAAUCAAAAACUUCUUGGAAUUCCUUCAGAAAAGAUUAAUGUUCAUGGAGGAGCUGUAUCCUUAGGACAUCCUCUCGGGUGCAGUGGUGCUCGCAUUUUGGUUACCCUUAUUGGUGUUCUCAGGGCGAAGAGUGGCAAGAUCGGAGUUGCUGGUGUCUGCAACGGUGGAGGCGGAGCAUCAGCUCUUGUUCUGGAGCUCGCAUAAGAAAUCUAGACCUUGUAGUUAGCAAAAGCUCCCUGAGGUGAUCUUGUAGUCUUAUUUUCCGUUGUAGUAGUCCCAUAGAACAUUUCUUAAUUUAAUUUGGCAAUAAAGCAAAAGCUCCCUGAGGAGAUAUUGCUUCUGUUGGUUGCAUAGUAGAGUAUCAUGUAAUAAGAGCUACAGAAAUAUUUUUGAUAUAUUUGUGAGGAUACUACAGAAAUAUUUUAUAUAUUUGUGAUGUGUCUUGUACA